UGACGCGCCAAGUCUCUCAACCAUAUAAAAGCACUGACUCGACUGAAUUAGUGUUAAAAAUUCAGAUCGGAUGCUUUCCCAGAUUUCACUUCACUUCUUUGUCGAGUUUAGUGUUUUACAGGUUGUGUUCAGUUCCUCUUUUCAGUGUUCAUCCCUGCACUUCACUGCACUUGUUCAUCUUCAGCUUCACUGCCUUUCUCUCCCUGCUCUAUCAGCUUCCAUGUGUCCAUCGAGAUCCAUUCCUUUUCUUGUUUCUUCUUCAUCCCUAGCACGGUUAUGCAGGUUUCCUUCCACCUCGCUUUCAAACAGUCCCAGUGUUCUUCCAUGCGGGUUCCUUCAGGAAUGCUGCUUAGUGUCUCCCACUUUGUCUUGAUGUCUGACGUGAAGAUGUCCUUUGUAGUUUCGUCCUCCAUUUUCUGUCCUGGUGUUCAACUUCAACUGUGG